CAAAUAUUUCUGACCACGAUCGACCUCGAGUUUAUCUCUUGUCGAUUUAAAAUCUAGCACGCGUGUAUAAGUAGUGUAACACGGAUACAAGGAUAUAAAAUCUUACAAUUUAGUACAAAGGAAAUAUCGGUUAACACACAGUACAAAUAUCACGUGCGUUUCGCCAGAAAAAAAAUGUCAACUCCCAGUCGACGCAAGCUUCUUAUCGACACCGAUGCCGGUGUUGACGAUGCCCAAGCGAUCCUGAUGGCAUUGAAGAGCCCGGAUGUUGACGUCAUCGGAAUUACGUGCGUCGCCGGAAAUGCUGACGCGAUGCAAGUCGGGAAAAAUGUGUUGAGAGUGUUACAAGUUGUGAAUCGACUUGACAUACCAGUGUAUAUCGGAUGUAACGAACCUUUGCUUGGUGACAAAAAAGAAACCAGUGAUUACCACGGUUCGGAUGGCUUCGGUGACGUCCCGGAUCCCGAGGCCCCGGAUGAUAGCCUACUCGAAUCAGAACACGCCGUUAAUGCGCUAAUGAGACUUUCCAAGAAACAUGAAGGGGAGUUAUCUCUUGUGUGCCUUGCACCCCUUACAAAUAUUGCAAUGGCUAUCAGAAUGGAUCCCGGCAUCGGCUCACGACUAAAACACUGCUACAUCAUGGGCGGGAACCAUCAUGGGAAAGGGAACAUGACAGUCGCCGCGGAGUUUAAUUUCUAUUUUGAUCCUGAGGCCGCUUACGUUGUCUUGAAUCAACUAAAGGCGCACAUUACCAUUGUCACGUGGGAGACUUGUAUGGAACAUUCCAUUCCAUGGGAGUUUUAUUCCAACAUUCGUGACAAAGGCGGGGAUGUUUGCAAUUUUCUCUCAAAAAUAGAAAAGAAAUCAUGUGAAUACGCCAAGAAACAAAAGUGGGCUACUUUCAUGCCCGCGGAUGAAUAUCUUAUAGCAUGUGUUCUGAGGCCCGACGUCAUUAAAACCUGCUGUGACGUUUACGCAACUGUGGAAGUUAAGGGGCAUUACACGUGGGGACAGAUGGUCGUCGACUGGCAAAAAGUCCUGAAAAGACCCAACAAUGUGUGCGUUGUAACAGAUAUAAACCAGGAUGUAUUUGAAGGAAUGUUAGCAGACCUAUUUAUAAACAAGGACACACACCGCAGGACAUGAUUUGUCCAAUCUUUUGAGACGUCUCAAUUACAAACAUCCUUGUUCACAUUAGAAAAAAGGAAUGUCUGAUGAAAUAGCUGUGUUUCACCCAUCACUGGUACGAACAUUGAGGUUCUUAUUGUUGAAUAUAUUCUUAUACAUAUGUUUGUUAAUCAGUGGACAAAAUAAUUGCCUUUGACUUUCAAGCAAGUUAGUCUACAAAGUACUUCAUCAAGGCCUCCGAAAGUGUGCCGCAUUUGUGACUAGAUGGCUGUCACAUAAAUGUGUGUGUGUUUAGUUUGAUUAUGAAUAUAGUAAUAAACAUUAUAUAAUUAUUUUGUAUACUGAAUUAAGAUUCAGUUGUUGUCUUAUGAUGUGUAUAUUUGUUUAAUCAUUUAUUUGUUCGCCAAAGAUUAUUUUAUCUACGAUUUAUUUUGUCAUAUAAAUUUGAUCAUUGGCGAUUGAUUCCUAAUCAAAUAGGUUUGUACAAGCGUAAGUUAUACCGUACCGUUCAUAGAUAAACAAUAAAAAAAUAUUUCUUAAUUGAUAUAAUUUAGAAAGUUAUAUGAAAGUAUAUAGAUAUAGUUGUAUAGACUGUAUUAAUAAACUUACUUAUACAUCUGUUUCGCCAUAUAUGCAUAUGUAAGCCUUUGUAUUACAUGUAUAUAUAAACGUUUGUAUUAGACUAAUUUGAUCACGGGUCAUAUUGGCCAAUCUCAAAUAUGUAUUGUGCUAUAAACGUCUUUGGAAUAUG